AUGCUCUAUCAGACUAUUAAACAAGGAGUUGCUCUUGCCCCUAGGAUUCGAGUUCAUCCAGGCUUUCUUCAUUUUGUCAAUAAAACACAAAUGAAAAAUUUCAGUAGCGAGGUCGGAGCAGGUGGUGAGCAAUCAAGCGAGAUGACUGGGUCGAACGUGAUGGGUGAAAGAGUUGCCAAACUAGAGGGAAAAUGUUCUAGUUUACAUGGGGAAACUGUUCGUCUUGACGGCUGGAAUAAGUAUGUCAUCGCUUUUGGCGUCGGAACUGUCCUUCUCGGAAUUGGAGGAGCUUUCUUCAAAAUACUCGACUACGACGCAAAACAAAAUGGGGAGAUGAAGGCCUACGUGAAGACGACAGUGGAGACUAGUGAGAAGGUGUUGCAAAGCAAGUUGGAUGUGAUGGAAAGCAAGUUGCUGGCAGAGAUCAGGCUCAUGCAGAAUAGGAGGGGAUGGUGGUAG